UACAACCGUUAUUGAAACAAAACAUAUUUUACCUGUCAAAAAUAAAUUCACAGUCAACAGUUGUCAAUCCUGAUAGCAGUGGAUGAAUCCUAGCAACCACUGUAAUUUCAUUGAUCAAACGAAUUUCGCAAAAUAUUUUCCCGCGAAUAGGUUCGUCUGAUUAUAAAUUCCUGUACUGCUGAGUGAUCCGGGUUGUUUCCUAUAGUUUUCGUUCGGAGUAAUGUCAACCGCACGUCGAAGUGUCACCCGCGGUGGUAGUAAAUCCGGUCGCGGAAAAAGCAGAGCUUCCCUUUCGAAGGGUCAUCUGGUCGGAGGUACAUCAGCUAAGGAAAAAGUUCCUGUUAAGUAUGGCAGCGAAGAGUCAGAAUCGACGGAUCCAAACUCCUCAACCGACGAGGAAGAGCGCUGGAAAGAAUCCAAGAAUACCAACGACGUACCGUCCGAGUACUGGCACAUCCAGAAGCUGGUCAAGUACAUGAAGGCCGGCAAUCAAACGGCUACAAUUGUGGCGCUAUGCUGCCUGAAAGACCACGACCUUACGACGCAGAUGAACCAAAGGGCGAUUCAGGACUGCGGCGGGCUGGAAGUGCUCGUCAAUCUGCUCGAGAGCAAUGAUCUCAAGUGUCGACUGGGGGCACUGACGGUUUUGUCGGAGAUCUCGUCCAACUUGGACAUCCGCCGAUCGAUAGUUGACCUAGGGGGUAUUCCGCUGUUAGUGCAGAUACUGUCGGAACCGGGACGUGACCUGAAAAUUAUGGCCGCGGAGACGCUCGGAAAUGUGGCCAAGGUGCGGCUCGCCCGCAAGCUGGUUCGACGGUGCGGUGGCGUACCGCGGCUAGUGGAUCUGCUGGAUGUUAACAUCAACGUACUUCGGUCACAGCGGGACCAACUGGGCGAAGACGAACGGGAAAUGUUGGAUAUGGCACGGGCCGGUGCUCGAGCCCUCUGGUCCCUGUCCGAGUCCCGACACAACAAGGAACUUAUGUGCAAGGGCGGAAUUGUUCCGCUGAUGGGACGAUUGCUGAAGAGUGUUCACAUCGACAUCGUUGUUCCGACUAUGGGUACUAUACAGCAGUGCGCCUCGCAGGCCAACUAUCAGCUGGCAAUCACCACCGAGGGAAUGAUUUUCGAUAUUGUGUGCCAUCUAACCUCGGACAACCUGGAUCUGAAGCGGCAGUGUAGUUCGGCCAUUUUUAAGUGUGCCAGCGAUAAGACCGCUAGCGAUAUGGUUCGAGAGUCUGGAGGGUUGGAACCGUUGGUAGGUAUUGCAAAAGAUAAGUCGAUUCGGGACAACAAACCGCUGUUGGCAGCUGCGACGGGUGCCCUGUGGAAAUGCGCGGCUAGCGAAGCAAAUGUGAAAAAGUUGGAUCAACUGAAAACGGUUCAGGUGUUGGUCCAGUUGCUCAAUGAUGAAAGUGAAGAUGUGCUUACCAACGCAGUGGGUGCCAUUUCUGAAUGUGUCAAAUACCAAAAUAACCGCGAAACUCUUCGUGUUAGUGGAGGCAUUCCAUUAUUGGUCAACUUGUUGAAUAUGACACACGCUCCUCUGCUGGAGAAUAUUGCUAAAACGUUGAAAGAAUGCGCUUCCGAUCCGGAAAGCAUGACUACAAUGGAAGAACUGGAUGCAAUCCGUUUGAUUUGGUCACUUCUCAAAAACUCGAAUCCGAAAGUGCAGGCUCACGCGGCAUGGGCCCUAUGUCCGUGCAUUGAAAAUGCCAAAGACUCUGGAGAAUUAGUUCGAAGUUUCGUUGGUGCACUGGAACUUGUCGUUGGGCUGCUCAGCUCCCGGGAUAACUUCGUUCUCUCGGCAGUCUGUGCAGCCAUCGCCACCAUCGCCAAGGAUCGAGAGAAUUUAUCGGUCUUAUCGGAUCACAAAGUCAUCUCGAUGUUGGCCCACCUGGUGUACACAACGGAUGAUUUAUUGCGGGAAAAUUUGGCAGCGGCCAUUGCCAGCUGCGCACCGUAUGCAUCAAACACGCAAGAGCUGGGACGACUACGCACGGUGACACCAAUCGUAGGAUACAUGGUAAGCAACAAUCCACGAGUUCACCGUACAACGGCAAUGGCACUGCAGAAGCUCUCGGAAGACCCCCAGAAUUGCAUCACGAUGCAUCAGAGCGGCGUGGUUCCAUUUCUAUUGGAAACUGUUGGCUCUAAGGAUCGUGAGCUACAGGAGGCUUCCGCUGGUUGUCUGCAGAAUAUUCGAAAGCUUGCGCUACGCGCCGAAGAGCUCGAGUUCCGUGGUGAAUAGAGUUCUGAGGUUGUUCGCCUCAGAUUCCGCCUUGUGAUUAUACUAUUGUUUAUUUGCAAAUUUGUAUUUACUCUCCACAUUGACUGGGAAUGUCCUACACUUAAUAAACGAAAGCGUGAUUGUUUCAUUUUUCGA